CUCCCUCUGAGUGAUGGCGGCGUGACCUGAAUGAAGGACCCGGCGGUCCCUCUCUCAGGCCCGGACCAGCAGCGCCGGCUUCUCCUCCUUCUCCGUCUCCUUCUCUCCGGAGGAGGAGCCUCCAGCCAUGUUCCCCCAGCAGCAACACCCUCAGCAUCACCAGCUCCAGCAGCACCUGCUCCAGCGGCUCCUCCAGCAGCCGCCCCCGCCGCCCCCAAGCCCCCGAGGUGUGACUCCAUCUCAGCAACAACAGAUGCUCAGUAUGCGGGCUCCUGGUCAAGCCUCACUCCUCAGGGCCAAUCCCAUGCUUCAGCGGGCCCUGCUCAUCCAGCAAAUGCAAGGUAGCUUGAGAGGUUUUAAUAUGGCGGCCGCCCCUGUGUUGCAGCAGUUCUUUCCCCGGGCAACAAGGCACUCCCUUUUGGGUCCUCCUCCGGUCGGGGUCUCCUUAAAGCCUACUCGCUUGGCUUUCCCGUCAAUGCCAUUUCAGUGGCAGAACCGAACUUUUCGUAAGGACUUCCCAAGGAAUCCUGAGAGGAAGCGGGAAGCAGAUUCCUCAUCCUCUUCUACUCAAGGCCAAGGAGCGGAUGAGACGGGGCCUCAUCCGGACAUUUCUGAUCACAAAGUGGACUCCAAGCAGCCUUUAGACCAGACUUGUCCUCAGUCUUCAGAGAUUUUGGCAGAAUCCUCUCCAGAUGGCGAACCAGCCGGCAAGCGAUUAAAAAGCAAUGUUGAAGAGUUUGUUGUUGAGGAAGCGCCUUGCCUUUUGCAAGUGGAGGAGCCCAACACAGAGUCCCACCUGGACGAGGGAGACAAUGCGAAGGAAGCUUUUGCUGGAGAUGCUUUAGAGGAAAAGGACUUUGUGGAGGAGCCAAAAACUUCAGAGGUGGUGAGCUCUUCCGGUUCCUUGAAAGUGACAAUUCAGCAGAGCAGCGAGAGCCGGGCGAUCAGCACCACCGCCCUGAAGCCCACCCAUUGGACCUCUGAAAUGGGCACGGCCGAGACCAGCCCGGAAUCUGUCCUGAAAUUCUACUGCUACAUCUGCAAGACAGACUGCUGCAACCAUCAGAAUUUCCAGGCCCACAUGGCCGGCGUUCAGCACCAGCAGCGGCUCCAGGACAUCCAGCACAUGAGCAACGUCUGCUUCGUCUCCUUGCUGCCCGUGAUGAAGGAGCAGAGCCCUCUGGUUGGGAUGGAUGGAGACUCUCAGAAGCGAUGGUGCAACACUUGUCAGGCCAAUUUCGUAGGCGACCUGAUCAAGCAUCGACGGACUCAGGAGCAUAAGCUUGCCAAACGCUCUUUACGUCCCCUUUGCACGGUAUGCAGCCGCCACUUUAAGACCCCGCGGAAAUUUGUGGAGCACAUGAAAUCUGUUGAGCACAAACAGAAGGCCAAAGAGGUGAGGCAGGGAGAGAAGGAACACAGUGGGCCAGAGGACUCUGAGGAGCUGAUAACCGUGGACGCCAUUGGCUGCUUUGAAGAAGAUGACGACGAAGAGGAGGAAGAGGAGGGGGAGGAAGCCGGCAUGGGGGAAGAGCUGGAGAACGAAGGGCUUCUCACCAAACAGGUGAGGAUGUCAUGGCUUGGCCUGAAGGAAAUGUCAUCGAAAGACAUUUGUGGGAGUGAGCGAUACUGUCCAAAUACUGUGUAUGGCCCGGAUUUCCUGGUCCCCGUGGCGGGCUUCCUCUGUAGGUUGUGCCACAAAUUCUACCAUCACGACUCAGCUGGCCGGCUCUCCCACUGCAAGUCCCUGAUGCAUUUUGAGAACCUCCAGAGGUACAAAGCUAUGCGGCUCCAGGCGGCAUCCUUCCUUGUGGAAGACCCUUCACACCUCGACCGACAAAAAGCAACCUUUGCUAAAACGGAAGCGACCGGCCCCAUCAAGGAAGCGACGUUCCAGAUGGAAACUUGUGGUGCUUCCAGAGAGGAGCCUGGCUUUACAGCUGAGAGCAGCUCUGCGGGAAGGGAUGACGUUGAUACGCACGGCAUCGUCCCAGCUGUUGGGGUUGCAGACGAUGGGACGAUUGGCCUCUCAGGUGCCGGCGCACUCUCUGUCUCGAGUAAGGCGGAUGACUCAGGACUGUGCGGACUGCAAACGGAGACUUACGGCGAUGUUGGGGGAGCCUCGUCUGACGAAGCGGAUGCCGGAAACGACGACCACGGUCCCGAAGACCAAGACAAAGUGAAGGAAACUGAAUUGUCCUUUCUGGACGACGAGGACGAGGAGAACGAGGACUCUAGGAUCAGGCGCUGUUCGAGACGUCAGGCCAGAUAAGACGACAUUUUGUAGGCGUGGGUAUUUUUUCCUCUUUGUGUAGAUUUCUCCGAGAAAGGAGGCGUUGUCACUCCACACCCCGACCCUUGCCUUCUACUUUUUAGAGGAAGAGAAAAAAAAGGAUUGCUCUAGUUUUCUUGCCGUUUUCUGUUUUGUUAAAUUAAAUUGGGAAAAACAA